GCCGCACACACUGAUCCAGCCCCACGCACAUGCACACAGCGCGCGCGCGCUCGCUCGCUCACGGCUGCCGAACAAAACAAGCGCUGAUCAAAACCCAAACUUCCUCCCGGCCGCACGCGCAGGAGCCCAGGCUUUGUCGCCGCCGCUGUUGUUGUUGUUGUUGUUGUUGUUUGCUGCUGUUGCACAGCUGAACCGCAGCAGCAGCAGUGCGAGGUUGCUGGUGCUGUUUGUGUUUGUUCCCUGCAGCCCGGGUGGGCUUUAGGAGCGCCAGGAAGUCAUCAUGUGAAGAAGAAGAAGGAAAAAAACCCAGAACACCACUUGAUUUGCCAAUCGGACAAAACCCAGGGCUGGAUCGCAAGGAAACGAAAGUGUGAAGGGUGUGUGCGGUAUGUCCGUGGAUGAGCAGCCGGAGGGCCCGAUGUACGUGUAUGAGUCGACGGUGCACUGCUCCAACCUCCUGCUGGGCUUGAACGAGCAGCGCGAGCGCGGUCUGCUCUGCGAUGUCACCGUGCAGGUGGAGGGCAAGCAGUUCCGCGCCCACCGUGCCGUACUGGCAGCCUGCAGUGGAUACUUCCUGCAGGGCCUGGUGGCACAUGGUGACAACGAGCUCAUCUUCACUAUGCCUGAUGAGGUCACUGCCAGGGGCUUCGCGCCAUUGUUGCAGUUUGCCUACACAGCCAAGUUGCUGCUCAGCCGUGACAACAUCCAGGAAGUGAUACGCUGUGCCGACUUCCUGCGCAUGCACAACCUAGAGGACUCCUGCUUCCGUUUCCUGGAGGCACAGCUGCGGAGUGAGGAAGACGGGGCCCUGCUCUGCCAAAAGGUGGCGCCAGAGAGCAACCAUUCAGAAGAUGACCGCAUGCAAGCUGAGGCGCCGGCCAUGACACCGAAUGCACCGGCGACAUGGGCUGCUUCUCCACGUUCUCGGCACCAUCCAGAUGCCCUCAGUGCUCUGCGGCGGCCAGACCAUGAGCGGCUAGUACCAAACGCUGACUUCCCAGAUGGACAAGUGGACUCAGAACAGCAGGUCUCCUCGGAUCUGCCACGCUGCCCAAAGUACAGGAAGUAUCAGCAGGCUUGUAGUAAGCACAACACCAACGAGAGCUCCUCACAUACCAGUAGUACCUCAGGUUUCCCAAGCACAUUGCUCAGCGGGUCAGCUGUGACUCAUAUCAAGCAGGAGCCGCAGGAGGGCGAGGACGAGCCCAUCGCACUUGGUCUGUCAGGUGACGAGGAUGACGGCAGGGACAAGGACAAUGGCAUGGCCGAAAUGGAGUUGGAUGGCAAUGGACUGCAUGGUCUUUUCAAGCGCGGUAUCUCGGAUUUGGCCAACACUUCCCAGCAGCUUAAUGCCAGCAGACUGGCCUGCACCCAGGUCAAAGCAAGCACUCAGGGAGAGCACAAAAAGGACUACAGGCCUUCACAGGUGCCUGUGGCCUUCCCCAAAGAUGCUGACAGCUUCUCCACGGGACUGUCUCUGAAGUCGGCAUCCUGUGACGGUGUGUGUAAGCAGGAAGUGGAGCUAGACCGGCGCAGCGUCAUCUUUUCAUCAGGAGCCUGUGAGCAGCUGCCCACACCUGCCCAUUCCUAUCCAGGCAGUAACUCCCAUGACAAGGAGCUGGCUGACCACCUGCCCAAAGGACUGUGGGUUGGCGGCAGCCAAUCACUGCCCAGCUCGCAGAGUUUUUCCUCCGGUGCUGCUUCCAGCGAAGUGUCGAUGCUUCUGUGCCGCCAAAGGCCAAACACCAGCUGCCCUGUGCCCAUAAAGGUGUGCCCACGCUCACCGCCCUCCGAGACACGCACCCGCACCUCCAGCUCCUGCUCGUCGUAUUCCUAUGCCGAGGACGGCAGUGGUGGCUCUCCAUGCAGCCUGCCCCAGUUCGAGUUCUCCUCGUCACCUUGCUCCAACAUGACCCGUUGCAUGCCAACUGACCCACAGGAACUGGGCACAGGUACUGACGUGUUGUUUGGCCCAGCAAGGCCAAAAAUCAAGUGCGAGCAGGCAUACGGAACCAACUCGAGCGAUGAGUCUGGAUCCUUCUCUGAAGGAGACAGUGAAUCCUGCCAUGUACAGGAGCAAGGAUCAGAAAUCAAGCUUCCUUUCCCCGUCGAUCAAAUCACAAAUCUUCCACGCAACGACUUCCAGAUGAUGGUGAAGAUGCACAAGCUGACGUCGGAGCAGCUCGAGUUCAUCCACGACGUGCGCCGACGGAGUAAAAACCGUAUCGCCGCCCAGCGCUGCCGGAAGAGGAAACUCGACUGCAUCCUCAACCUGGAGUGCGAGAUACGCAAACUGGUAUGUGAGAAGGAGAAGCUGCUGACCGAGAGGAAUCAGCUGAAAGCGUGCAUGGGCGAGCUGUGGGAGAAUUUCUCCUGCCUGUCUCAAGAGGUGUGCCGCGACGUCCCCCUGAGCCCCGAGCAAGUCCAGUCUCUCCAUCACUACUGCCCCAUCCUACGACCCACAUCUGACUCCGCCUCCCCCGCCCACACACAAAUGGCCGCCAGCAUCGACCUCACCACCCACUCCGGAGCGGCCACACCCGAACCUGAAUUCGUCAAACCGCCUGCUACAAACGACACGCACCAGGCACCAGCAUCGGCCCAGUGCCACGUAGGGAACGGCGAGGGGGAGGAGACGACGUCUGGCUCCGCCUACCUCGAGGCGGGCCAGAACUUGGAACAAUCCAGUCAGACGGUGACAGUAGACUUCUGUCAGGAGAUGACCGAUAAAUGUACCACUGACGAACAGCCGAGAAAGGACUGUACCUAGUGACAGUUUUGUUUUUUUUUUUACCUUUUUCAUUUUUUUAUUGUUGUUAUUUAAUUUCGAUACAUCUUCUGACAAACCCCUGAAAGUUCAAGGGGUGUUGAGAUGGUCAGCCUCUGCCAGUGUUCUAUGAAUCUCUUUUUUUUUGUUUUGUUUGUUUGUUUGUUUUGAUAUAUUUAUGUCGUCUUUUCAUUUUGUCUAUUUUUUUAACGAUUGACACUACAGUUGUCUUAACAGCAGCAAUACUGUUACUCCAGGUUCUCUCGGGCUCAGCCAUGGCUGAAGUGUCUCGUGUAAAAGAAAAGAAAAAUACAAAAAAAAAAAAUACAAAAAACAACAAAACAAAAAACAACAACCUUUCUUAAUGGUGCUACACGGUUUUAUCCCCCGCCACUGACCUCCAUCAGUGCGACGCUGUUUUCUCCGGGUCACAGUCCAGCUCACGGGGGAUUGGCUCCAACCACAUCUCACAUCCAAGUCUCCACGGACCUAGCAGCAGCUCAAUGUCUCUCUCUCUCUCAUCCAUCUAUCCUUUCUUCUUCACAUCCUCACAGUAAGAUCGACGGUGUUGAAUUCACACCUUACAGUGUUGCGUAUUAAAACCUACACUGUGCAGCUACACCAGGUUGAUUUAACACCAGUGAUUUUUCUCUCUCUCUCUCUCUCUCUCUCUCUCUCUCUCUCUCUCUCUCACACGCUCUCACGCUUUCAAUGCCACGGCAAAUUCAAGAAACUCAGGAAAUAUUCUGAAUGUUCGAUUGUAGUAGUUCAUGAAAAGGAUACAGAUUAUGUCCAUGACAGAUUUUCUCUCUCUCUUUCUUUCUUUUGUUUUUUAUUAUUUUUUGUUUUUUAUACAACAGCUAGACUGUAAAUGUCCAUAUGCAAAAAAGUCGUCUUUGUUACGCAUUUGUAGUGUCUCCACAACACUUAAUUUGUACAGUCAGUCCUUUCUGGAAGAAAAAACAAAACAAAACCAACAUUCCUCUAUUGCCUUUGACAGCACUGAAAUGGAGGAGGAAGAACAAGACGAAACGGAUUUCAAUUUUCGUGACAGUUAAUAUCCCUCUCACGUUAGCAAUACCCUCGUGUUUGGAUUUUUUAUUUUUUUUUGGUGGUUAUGUACAAAGUGCUUGCUGGGCAGAACGAGUAUUGUAUAUAUUACGGAGCAUGGCGAGUGUAUCAGUGACCCUGUGUACAGGUAGUGCUUUAGAUGUGCUUCCACUUGUUUUUCAUAGCUUUCGCAUAUUUUUUUUUUCUGUUGCGAAAGUGGAAAUGUUUCCUUUGCUGUUUCCUGCCUGAAGUGAAAUAGCCUGCGAUGGUGGGUGUGCUUAAUACUCAGGAAAACAGCUUUACGUAUACAGACACACACACACACACACACACACACACACUUUUUUGUAACGUAGAACCCCUUUGCAUAGCAUGUGCCGUUUGGACUUUGUCGGAUUUGCCCCGCUGAAAUGUGAAAAGAGUCGCACCUCGAUGGAGGAACGUUCUUCUUUUUGGCUUGUCAGUAUUUAAAGACGUUGUGUGUGUGUGUGUGUGUGUGUGUGUGUGUGUGUGUAUGAUGAUGAUGAAGACCCAAAAGCAGCUUCUUUGAAUGUUUUCAGUGUUCUUUUUAAAAGGCCUAAUAACAGGAAAAUAUUUGUUACCUUUCAAAACUUUGAUGUAUUGAGAGUUCCUCCAGGAACAGGAAACGGUGCAUGAGCUCUGCAAAAUGAUCAUUUCUUCCCCCCUUGUGUUUGCUUCGGGCAUUUGCUCUGUCCAUCCCAUGAUCAAGCACAUCAACCCAGCUGGUGUGCAGAUUUGCUUUUAAGGAAAAAAAAAAGUUCCUCGGGGUUGUUUGGAUAGUCAUCAGUUCUACAGGUUCCUCCAAAAGGACGAACAGAAGAACCGUUCAAGAGCAUAUGCAAUAGAGGUCAAAAAUCCAGAGUCCACUACGAACGCAAAACAUGCAAAUUCAUGAAUUCCAGUCCUCUUAAAAUAUGACAAAUAUGAAAUCUCAGUUUUCAGUUUGCGCUCAACUAGUUGAGAAUACUCUACACAUCUGUGAUGGACUGGCAUCCCAUCCAGGGUAGAUUCCCAUCUUAUUCCCACUCAGCGUUUCUGGGAAAGGCUUCAAAUCCAAACCAGCCUUGAUCAGGAUAAAACAUUGUGUAUCUCAUGAUGAUGAUGAUUCCAUCAGUCCUGCCUUCUGUUCAUUAAGGAUUACAGUUCAUGAGAACAUUUUAUAGUUCCAUUUAUUUGUUUCAGUGUAGAAAUGUAUUCCAAGCCCAAAACUUGGCAGCCUUUUACAGAACGUGGUAAAUUAAUUACUCGUACUACUAUUAGCCCAUCUUGAUUAUCAGAAGUGAUUAUGAUGUUGGGCGCUGCCAAGACUAAUACAGUUUGACAGUGUCGCCAAGUUGGAUUUUGCACCCUUGGAGUCUCAAACUCAUUAAUUCACCAGUUUAUGACUCAACACCACUGCUCUGACUAGUGGUGAACUAGUGUAAGCAUUAUUAAGAAAUUGAAUUUGACAAAAUCUAAAAUAAAAUUUGUUUCUAAUACAUGAUAAAACUAGAACGGCACUCGGUAGAGUGCAUAUCUCCACCAAGCCACAUAUUAUCGACAUCAAAAUCAAAUCAAUUGAACCUGGGAUAAUACUAAAGCUGUCCACCAAAUUUCAUCCAAAUCCGUUCACUACUUUUUGAGUUAUGUUGGGAACAGCCCAAAAAAAUACAUCUGGAUUUUGGUCAAAAUCUACUAACUUUUACCUUGGCCCAUGGCUCACCUUUCCUCCAAAUUUCAUCCAAAUCUGUUCAAUACUUUUUGAGUUACAUUGGGAAAAGAAAAAAAAAAUCCUGGAUCCACAUACAUAUCCAGGUUUUGCUCAAAAUCUAAUCAAUUGUUCCUUGACCCAUGGCCCACCUUUCCACCAAAUUUCAUCCAAAUCCAUUCACUACUUUUUGAGUUAUGUUGGGAACAGCCCAAAAAAUCUUGGAGCCGUGUAUAUAUCUGGAUCCUGGAUCUACAUACACAUCUGGAUUUUGGUCAAAAUCUAAUAACUUGUUCCUUGGCCCAUGGCUCACCUUUCCUCCAAAUUUCAUCCAAAUCUGUUCAAUACUUUUUGAGUUACAUUGGGAAAAGAAAAAAAAAUCCUGGAUCCGCAUACGUUACUGGAUCUGGAAUCUACAUACAUAUCUGGGUUUUGCUCAAAAUCUAAUCAAUUGUUCCUUGACCCAUGGCCCACCUUUCCACCAAAUUUCAUCCAAAUCCGUUCACUACUUUUUGAGUUGCAUUGGUGUAAAGGACAAAAAAAAAACCAAAACUCGUGGAUCUGCAUACAUAACUGGAUCCUGGAUCUAAGUGCAUAUCUGGAUUUUGGUGAAAAUCUACUCAAUUGUUCUUUGGCCCAUGGUGCACCUUUCCACCAAAUUUCAUCCAAAUAUGUUCAAUACUUUUUGAGUUACAUUGGGAAAAGCAGAAAAAAAAAAUCCUGGAUCUGCAUACGUAACUGGAUACUGGAUCUAAAUACAUACCCGGAUUUUGGUCAAAAUCUAAUCAAUUGUUCCUUGACCCAUGGCCCACCUUUCCUCCAAAUUUCAUCCAAAUCUGUUCAUGACUUUUUGAGUUACGUUGGAAAAAUUGAGGCGAAAACAUAACCUCUUUCAACAAAGUUGGCAGCGGUAUCUAAUGCUAGGCAGGCAGUGGACUCUGAUUUUUGAAUCUUGCUCCAUUGUGUUCUACAACAAGUUAAUCACGGGCUCCUGUUCUUGUUGGGUUUGUUGUGGUUUAUUCCCCCUCCCCCACCUUCGGUGCACUCUUAGACCAUGUAGCACUUCUUCAAGGGUAGAUUUCACUUUCAGGACCCUAAAAGUCUGAAACUGAAGCACUUAACACAUGCACUUAAAAGUGCUCCUCUUCCAAAAGAGCCUAGAUCAUUGAAUAUUUUAAUGCUGGUUAUCAUUCUAAUCAAGUCCAUAUCCAAGGACUCGAACCAAAAAUAGGAAAAAAAUCUUAAUACACUACAACACGAGAGUGUCUAAUUGACGUAUUUGAUUAUUUGUGAGUCUAAUAAGCUAAAUUCGAGCUCUGAUUUCAAUCCUAAAAGAAAUAAGGAAAUGCAUUUGACCUUUAAAAAUGGUUAUAUAUUUGCCCUAAGUGUAUAUUUGUUCGAGGUUUACUGUAUCUCCGUGAUAAGAUUUGCAUGCUGCCUGUACCGUAUGUUUUCUAGUUUGUCUGUUCAGAAACCUCGGAAGUUUCCAUCUGAAGGAAUACAGUUAUUUUUAUUCACCUUUUCAUUGAUUGAUUGAAUGUUAUAUAUGGGGAAAAAAUGAAAGAGAAUCUUCUUGUAAUCUUAAAGGUAACUCAAUUGCUGAAAUCCAGCAAACUUAGUUGUCACGAUGAUUUGGCUGUUGAUUUUGACAAGCUUCCAAAAUUUUGGGCAAGCUUCUCCAUUCGAUGUUAGGUUAUAUAAGUAGGUAAAAUCGCCACUGAUUCAUUUUUUAAUCUUGUAUAUUUAAUAACGCUCUGGCUGUGUUAUAUGAUUUAGGUUGUUCUGUUUCAGUCAGGGGAGUUGUACGACUUGUUUUUGUGGGAUUGUGUAUUUAAAAAUUUGAUCUUUUUUGACAGUUUGGACUGUCAACCAUUUUCCCCCUCUCACACACACACACACAUGAAUACUGGAUGGAGUGCUCUGUUGUACCAGUUUAGAGAUCUAGACUUGUCGUGUUUGCUAGUUUGUGCUCUUGCUUUCUUCGAUUACUUAUUUUCCUCUUCUCGAGACUUUUUGCUUCGCUCUCUCGCUCCCUCUUUCUCUCAACUAUUGACAGUAUUUCGAAAUUCGAAUCAGGUACAGAACUAAAGACUUACGAGGUCCGAACGGACGGACGUUUGUGCACACAUUAUGCAAAUCAUCCCUAUAAAUGAACUUUGUUUUCACACUACUUUUUAUAGAAGUGGUCGAGUAAGUGUGGAAAGCAUGACGUUCCACUAAAUAAGCACAUUGUGUAACUGUCUACGUUGUCGUUGGAUAAAGAUUUCUGACAUUUUUAAGGAAAAUAGGAAGCGAUUCCCAAGAAUCAAUGAUGGAACGACAGGUGCGUUGGAAUUGGAAGUGCCCUGCGUUACAGAACUGUUUUUAACACGUCCAAGUCCAACAAAAGAGUCCAGGUUUCAGAUAUGCUUGAAGCGCGAAGUUCAUUAAUGCAAGUUAUAAUUCACUAUUCCUGAGUCAAUUCACAGAAGGAGAAAGGUUGUGGGAUGUGAACGAUACAUGUAUGCGGUUCCUUUUCAUCUCGCACCAACUUUAGCUUUGGAAAAUGUUACAAAUUUUACCAGCCCCAGCCUUCUCGACCAAUAACAAACAAGAAGAUCGGACUGUAAUCUGUUUGGUUGGUUAAAAAUGUUUUAAAAUAGCUCAUGGAGCUGUUUUUCUUUCUUUCCCUCUUUCUCUAAGAAAAAGCCUUUAUUUGUCCAAGUCCGUUCACCACUUUUUGAGUUACAUUGGAAACAGAAAAAAAAAAAAUCCUGGAUCUGCACGAUCCAGGCUUGGAUUUGGGUCAAAAUCUAAUCAACUGUUCCUUGGCCCAUGGCCUACCUUUCCACCAAAUUUCAUCCAAAUCCAUUCACUACUUUUUGAGUUACAUUGGGAACAGACAAAAAAUCCUGGAUCUAUAUACAUAUCUGGAUUUGGGUCAAAAUCUAAUCAAUUGUUCCUUGGCCCACCUUUCCACCAAAUUUCAUCCAAAUCCAUUCACUCCUUUUUUUUUUUUUAAACUCAGGCACAGUGAAAUUCCUUCUUCGCAUUUAACCCAUCUGAAGCAGUGAACACACACCUACCCAGAGUAGUGGGCAGCUACGCUACAGCACCAGAGGGUUUAGGUGCCUUGCUUAAGGGCACUUCAGUCACCAGGAAUUGAACCGGUGACCCUUUGGGCCCAAGGCUACUUCUUUAACCUUCAGGCCACGGCUGCUGCUCUAUGCAUGCUAGAAUUUUUGUUCAUUAUGUUUAUUCAUUAACCUUUCGUCGUACUUCAUCCUGGUUAGUGUCGCGCCAAUAUUUCAGUUCAUAAUUUGCAUAUAUUUUGGUCAACAACCACCGAUUCGAGCAUCAGGAACAAGCAAGAUUUAUAAAUUAUUGGGAUUAAGAAGACAACCCAGUUUUCCCAAGCUUGUCCUGGACAUUUUAGUGUUUUGUCUGCUCUGACACACCCACGUCGUUAGCUGAUUAGUUGAGUCAAGUGUGUUGGGAGCAGGAAAAACACUCCAAUGUGGAGGACAGUAGGUUCUCCAGGACUAGUGUUUGGAAUCUUUGCUUUCAAGUAUGUCCAUUUUUCUUUAUUAUAACUUGAACUAUAGUUAUAAUAGCAAACCAGCAAGUUAGUAUACUAGUUAUUCCCCAGCUAGAAUUGGUAACUCAAGAAACUAGCAUGGUCCAGGUUAUAAAUGGUCCCCUUAUUCUCAUGGUGUGUUAAAAACAGUAUUGAAACGCAAGGAUGUAUAAUGUAUUAUAUUGGUUGGUCUCUUGGGGAGCACUGAAUGCAUAGCAUAUUUUCCGGAUUGUGUAUAAACUCAUUUCGCUUUGCCUUAAGAGCCGAGGGUCACUCCGGUCCGAGGGAUUGGUAUUUUGACGCAAGCAAGGAAGCCUUCAUGCUUGAAACCAUGACAUAACCACGUCUAUAACGGUUUGGGUUGUGUCUCUGCUAGGAAAAGUUUUCAAAAUGUCAGCCAGGAUGGUGUCUUCACAGCCUGUUUUUUUUUUUUUUUUCAAUCAACAACCUCACAAAUCCAAUAAGCUCAUCGGUUUCAUCUCUACUGUCUUUCAGAUGCAUGUUGAUCAGCUUUGGCUUGACUUGUCGAGGCUGUAUCAUCGAAACAGUGACACAUUUGCUCUUAUAUCUUGUCUCAGGGUGCGUGCCAAUGACUUAUUUUUAUUUCUACAUUCUUUUUCCAGUCAAAUAUCAUUUCUGUAUAGAAUCUUCUGAAGAAAAGCUAAUGGGUAAACCAGAAACCUUUUUUUUUUUAAUAGUUUCUAAGCUAAUAAUUGACAAAUCGAAAAUGGAUUUGCACAAAAUUUUGAAUUUAAAAAAAAAGAGGGCUGCGGAUUCUCAAACAAAAGAGUUCCAUUAUUUGAACUUUUUAAAAUUGUCUACUAAGCUUUUAAUCUGCAGUUAAUAAACUAUGGCAAUGCGAUGCAUUUUUUUUUUCCAUUGGUUGCUUUGUGGAAAGGCUAUAAAGGUAGUACAAGCUAAGCUUUUGUUUUAAUGUUGCUAUGAUUGUGUUAUUUUUUUUUUUCCAUUUUGUGCUGCUUCUUUGAAACAUCGACACUGGCUCUCCAAAGCUUUCCUCAUCAGCGAAAACGAAGAAAAAAAAUCUUUGCCUUUUUAUUCACAAUUCGCUCAACUUUAUAUAUAAUCUCGGCAGGAUAUGCAGGCUGAACUCAUUCGAGGAAAAAGUAGAACAGCAAAAAUGUUUACAAAGACAAGGUGACACGUUUUUACGAGUCAAAUCAAACUUGCCAUGUAUAUAGUAAUUGUGAGUUUCAAUUGGAUAGCUAGGUUUAGUAUUUUUUUUUUCAUUUUUGUAUGUUUUUUAACCAAAUGGAUACAAAAGAAAAACAAAUGUCCUUUGAUAACUAUGCUUAUUUCUUCAAGUUUGUCGUUUUUUCACCCGACGGGGAUGUUUCAGAGUAAGAAGAAUAGAAGUGCACCUCCGACUUUUUUUGCCUUAGAACUUGCAGAGGCCAUAGUUCACCUUGACGUGAAACGUGUGUAUGCAGGGGUCUCCGGGCCCCCCCAUCUCUCGACUAGCAGAGCGGACUCUCUCUCUCACUCUUAUCUACCUGUGAAAUCCUUCAUACCUCUCAUAACUGGUCAACGACUGUAUCAGCAAACCACAUCAGGUGUUUUUCUACAUGCUUUUUACACAGAUUAUUGUAUUCGUAGAUUUCGGUGCAUCAUUUUUAAUGUAAUAGCUCUUUGGCUUGUAGUUUUGUUUGUUCUUCUUUUCUUGUUUCCCCUCCCUCUCUCCCUCCCUUGCUUGCUCUCUAUCUCCCGUUUUUUUUCUAGAUGACUGUUUUGUGUUCAUAUUGUCAAUUUUGGGAUAGCUGUUCUAGAGUUUUUACUUUUUUUUCCAUUUCUAAAUGCUACAUGAACCUAAUGAAUUUAAUGACUUAACCAUUGUAAAUACGGUAUUGUGCAAAACUCAUUUUCAUGCAUUUCAAUUGCUAGUGUUAUAUAAAUUACAGAUUU